AUGCCAGGCAUCAUACUAUCCCCCAGCGCCAGCAGCGAGGGCGCAAUCGCAGGCAUGAAGCGGGCACAUGAAGCGGACCAUGCGCCGACGUACGGAGAGCCGCACCCCAAGAAGCGACAAGUCGUACGGGCGCUGCACCACACGCAGCCGAUCCAGCACAUUGCCGACCCCAUCAGCGCGGAGCACGAUGUCUUUGGCGAGAGCAAAGACUUUUUCGACCAGCAGCUGCGGCGCGCAAUAGCCAUCCAAUGUAAAGGCAUCGGUUUCGAGAGCGCGCGUCCGGACGCGUUGGAGGAGUUCCGGGCGCUGGUUGAUUCCUACAUGACCAACUUUCUAACACAAGUACGCACGUCCAUGAUCAGCUCGCGACGCACCGAAACGGUCGCGCACGACUGGAUCUAUGCCCUCACUUCCGCCGGCCUGCGCGGCUCUGCGCCCCUCGAACAACAUUUCGACACAGGCGAGAUCCCGUCGUCUGUCUUACAGCCCUACUUUGCACCUCCCGCGCCUCCAGAAGCUCCGCCGCCCGACACCGAGUCAUUGCUAGGUCCUGGACUCUCCGGCAAGGCGGACAAAGAAACGCGUCCAUACAUACCAAAACACUUCCCUGGAUUCCCGUCGAAACACACAUACACAGCGACGCCAGUCUUCACAAAACGCGAAAAUGACCCGCGCAAAAUCAGGGAGAAGGCGACAGAAGAGGGCAUUCUUGCCGAGCAGAGUCUGCGAAAACUCAUGGCGGCGCAAAAGGCAGGCGUGCAGAAGCAAAAUGUUGGCAAGCGGAAGCGCAGUAGGCGCAUGAAAGAGAGCGACCAACUGUGGCAAGCCGCCAUGACAGACCUGCUAGAUGAAGAGAACCAGCGAGAGAAGGAAGAAGAGCGGCGGCAAGCUCAAAUGGACGAAGACGACGAUGACUACAACACGCAUCAAGACGCUCCAAUACGGCAGCCCACCGCCGAUCGUAACGUCAAUCUGGAAGAAGGCGUGCACGUCAACUACGACCAAAAGUACUGGAGGAAAUCCGCGACGGGCGUCUCAUAG